AUAUUUCUUGAACGUAAGGACACGGUCAUGCAUAAUUCUCUUAAAACAUUGAGUUUGGUCUUGAAGUUGUUUCUCAUCUGUUUUUCUGUAGAGGGUUUCUUACUUCAGGAUCAUCAACCACAUCAAAAUGCAUCAGACGAACAGAAGGCUCUCCAAAUCUUGACUAGAUUGCUCCCUUCUUUGACAACCCAUCCAGAAAUUGUUGUGAAUGAGAUUUGCAAGGCUUACCCUUCUCUCAUCUUUCCACAUCUGGGUGAGUGUCAGUUGUACUAUAAUUGUUCUAUGACGUACUCACCUGUCCCAAGCAAUAUGGAACAACACAUGAUGGAAUGUACAUACCCAGAUCUCUUCUCUGAGAGAACUCUUCAGUGUGAAAAUUUUACUGACGUCUGCUGUGGUGCAAGACAGGAAAUUAAAGACAAAUGCUCAUAUCGGAUGGAAAAAACCAGAGGGCAAUGCUUUUCUCCAUCAUGUGUAGGAAAACUAGAUGGCAUGAUAGGCACAACAUGGAACUCGUAUAUGAUAUGUCUCAAAGAACGCCUGCUGGGUGUGGGAUCUUGUGACACUGAGGAAUUACCCUAUAAGGGAAAAUGCACAAGUCGGUUAGAGGUACCUAAAUCGGAGCAUAAUGGAGGUCUUUUACCGUCGUGCGAAAAAAAAGUUGAUGGCAUUUAUCGAUUUAUUGGUGACAGUUCAGUAAUGAAUUUUGGAGAUUACAUUAGAAUAGGUCAUGUUUGUGAUGCCUACUAUAGAUGUGACAGUGGUAAUAUAACUGUUGUCAGGUGCCCUAAUGGGACAGUGUUCCACUCCGAUGUCGGUGUUUGUAAAUUUGGUAAUUCUUCUCUUCCCGAAUAUUGCCAAUUGUAUUGUAAUCCAUAUAGGUCGAAAAAGUUUAAUGGAUGUUUUCCACCGAGAAUUGCAGAAUGUCCCCCACCGUUACAGUUUUCAGAGAGAACAAAACAAUGUGAGAAUUUUACUGAAGUAAAUUGUGGAUCACGCACGGAAAUUAAAUAUUACUGUAACUACUGGUACAUUUCAUACCUUUACCGAAAUGGCGGGCACUGCUCUUAUGAUCACCCAAAAGCUUGUUUGCGUCUACCUAAUGGUCUAUUUAAACACCCUUCCUCCUUCUCACAAAAAGCAUUUAUUCGAUGCUAUCAAAAUAGGUUAGUGGAAGAAGGUCAGUGUUCAUUUGACCCAGUAUGGUUUGAACAAACCUACCCUUACAAUGGUUCAUGCACACAAAGGUUUGCUAUACCGGCAUCUGAUCUACAGGGAGUAGGACUACUUCCGGACUGUACCGGAAGACCAGAUGGCAGUUACCAGUUCAUAACGAGACCAUGCGAUGCAUACUAUAGAUGUGACAGCGGGAACGCCACAGCGAUCAAAUGUCCUGAUCACACUUAUUUUGACAAAAAUAGUGGCAGGUGUUCUUCAAAUGCUGCAUGUUAAAGUUCGAUGAAAGAUAGAUACUGUAGAUGAACGACACCACAAAAACAAAUAGAACACGAAAAAACAAUGUAGCUGUGAAUUUCAAAUCAGCAAACAAAUCAUGCUUAGUGAUAAAGUAUCACCACCACCAUGGCCUUUUCUUCUACACUGGAAAAAAACGUAUAAGUUGUAAAGUAUCAAGAUAUAUGGACAAUACAUAAAUACAGGUAGGUCUGGAUUUGAGAAUCAACAGUAUGUCUAUUGAUGCACCCAGCCCUAUUGAAUAUCUUAUAACAAUUUACAUAUUUAUCAAAAUUGAAAUUCAACCGACUGAUUAAUACAGCUUUUAAAUUAACCCUAGACUGUACAUUACCCACACCUACAUGUAUACAAGUGAAAUGAAUAAUAAAGAUUGAUAUAAUGUG